GCCCUGAGGAGGCGGAGGGAGGGGGUGCAGAGACGGAAAGCGGGGAGGGGAGGUGCCGGCGCCGGCCGGCAGGGGAGGGCGCGGGGAGCGCAGGCCAGCGAGACGCAGAGGAGCCCGGGCGGAGGACAGAUAGCGGGCGGACCUAGGGGGAGGUGCGUGGACCCCAGGAGGUGGAAGCGGCAGGGGCGCUCGGCCUACGACGCGCGGCUGCGCCAGAAGGUGGCAGUGAAGAAGCUGUCGCGGCCCUUCCAGUCUCUGGUCCACGCGCGGAGGACUUACCGCGAGCUGCGGCUGCUCAAACACCUGAAGCACGAGAACGUCAUCGGGCUGCUGGACGUCUUCACGCCAGCCACUUCCAUCGAUGACUUCAGCGAAGUGUACCUGGUCACCACCCUGAUGGGCGCCGACCUGAACAACAUCGUUAAGUGCCAGGCGCUGAGCGACGAGCACGUCCAGUUCCUCAUCUACCAGCUGCUUCGAGGGCUGAAGUACAUCCACUCCGCUGGGAUCAUCCACCGGGACCUGAAGCCCAGCAAUGUGGCGGUGAAUGAGGACUGCGAGCUUAGGAUCCUGGACUUUGGGCUAGCACGCCAGGCUGACGAGGAGAUGACCGGCUACGUGGCCACUCGCUGGUACCGCGCACCUGAGAUCAUGCUCAACUGGAUGCACUACAACCAGACAGUGGACAUCUGGUCUGUGGGCUGCAUCAUGGCCGAGCUGCUCCAGGGAAAGGCCCUCUUCCCAGGAAAUGACUACAUCGACCAGCUGAAGCGCAUCAUGGAGGUGGUGGGCACACCCAGCCCUGAGGUUCUGGCAAAGAUAUCCUCAGAACAUGCCCGGACAUACAUCCAGUCCCUGCCCCCCAUGCCCCAGAAGGACCUCAGGAGCAUCUUCCACGGAGCCAACCCUCUGGCUGUGGACCUCCUGGGAAGGAUGCUGGUGCUGGACAGUGACCAGAGGGUCAGUGCAGCCGAGGCCCUGGCCCAUGCCUAUUUCAGCCAGUACCACGACCCGGACGACGAGCCUGAGGCCGAGCCCUAUGACGAAAGCGUUGAGGCCAAGGAGCGCACAGUGGAGGAGUGGAAGGAGCUCACCUACCAGGAAGUCCUGAGCUUCGAGCCCCCAGAGCCACCGCAGCCACCCAGCAGUCUGGAGACUGGGCAGUGAGGGGAGUGCUGCCCACCAGCCACACGAACUCAAGGAGGGGCCUGAGCCUGCCUGCCCCUAUUCCUCAGACUUCCGGUUCCCACAAGGGGUGUUUCCCAACACCCCGAUGCCCCAGCGGUCCUGAUCCCUGGCUGGGGCCCCCCGGUCUGCACACUGCUCCUUGUGGGGAGUCUGCACACACGUGUGAAUGCACGCAAGUGUGCACGUGUGUGAGCCAUGGAUGCAGGAGUCUGGGCAGAGUGUCCUGGACUUCCUCGGUCCUUCUCCCCCGUCCCAGCAUCCUGGGUCUCCCUUGGGACCUCACUGGGGGACCUGGAUGCCAUAGGGGCUCCUCCUGGGGAAUGUUUCUGUCUCCAGAUCUCCUUAGUCCCAGAGGGCUGUCUCCGGGGGUGGUGGGUUGGGGUCAGGGUCCCCUGGAGACUCAAAGGGAGGGGUCACAGUGGUCUGAGCUGCUCAGCCUGGAAGCCGGGGAAUACUCUGGGAAGUGCUGAGACUUGAUGGUCUGAGAGCUGAGCAGGGCCUUCCCUGGGGGUGGCAGGGUGGGGACAGCCACCACGUGUUAAAUCAGAAAAUUCGCCUGGAGCUGUGUGUUCACCUGUGCUGCGUGUAGCGCAUACGCACUUCAAGGCACGUGCAGGCGUGUGUGACUCUGGGGUCCAACAGCCAGCAGCCUGACCAGCAGGAGGCCUGGAUUGGGGUGGCUGUACUCUUGCCUCCCCUCCCUGCAGUUCCUGAUGCGGGUUGGGAGUGGGGCUGGGAUCCCACUGUGCAUCAUGCAAGGGGCUCAGGUGGGCAAGGGGCAACCAUGCGAACAAGAGCCGGGACUCCCUCCUUGGGUGUGGGAGCUGCAGCAGGUUUCUGAGGACGAGGCACAGUGCCAGCUGGGGAGCUGAUGGGCACAGGGCCUCCCACCUUGAGGACACCAGGAGGAGGGCACACACUGAUGUGGACUUGGACUUGGACCCUGGACCUUGGCCCCACGCUGAUGAAGAAGCUUCUGCCUGCUCUACCUCUGCCCACCCUUUGGCCCUGCAGCCAAGAGCUGGGGUGCUCUGGUCUGUGGGUUGGUCCUCAUCUUCCCUCCUUCCAGGAUGGAACUGACCUAGUAACCUCUGGGACAGGACCCUGCUCCAGACAUUCUUGAUGUGAUUCUCUGUCAGGUGUGUCAGGUGGUGACCUCCCACCUCGCAGGACCCAAGGAGGUCUGAAUGUCAAGUGCCUGCACCAGGGUUUUGCAAUAAAGGGGGUUCCCUCUGGCUCAGCUCA